AUGGAAAGGAUCAAUCUUCUCGCCGUCAUCCUGGUGACCUCGACGGUGAGCGGAGGAUCCAACCUGGUCUUUCGCUACCCACCGAAUCCGAGACCCGCCGAACGGUUAUCAAGACCGGUCUAUGGCAAGAAAGGCACCCAAGAUGGAGGAUUCUCCAUCGCGCCGAGGACCGAGAAGCAAACCGGAGCGACUGGGAUGGAGACCGGAUUGUCGCAGGAAGCCGAUUGGGCGUACAGAAAUAAAGCGGGAGAGGCAUAUGACAGCGAUGACAGCCUGGACGACCAGCUCGAGAGCGCCUUGUGGCAGCCACUACAUGUCACAGGCGGGGAAGUUGAGCCAGUUCGGCAGAGAAGACCCGCUCCCCGACGUCCUGGACGUCCCGACUCUGAUUCGGGACCUCCUGCCAACCUAAAUCCGUUGGCUGCAGGCACGACAUCCCAGGUGACCCAGACGGACAGCAGUGCUAGCGGAGGGUCGACAUACAGCGCCUCGGAUUGGGAGAACAUCCUUGGGUACGAUCGAGACUUUUUGAACUCUCUCUUGACGCCAUCAAGGUCGGGAUGCAACAAGAGAUUCGAGCUCGUCAUCGAUGACAUAGCCUUUAUCGGACAUCCCGUGUGCGCAGACGAGAAUGGUAAAUGGGCGUUGCCGUACGAGGAGGACGAGGCGGAAAAAGAACCGGAACGAGGGCGAGGUCGGGAGAUCGAUCGGCCAGGAUCGCGGAAUAUGCGAAGAUUCGGUCAGACCCCUCAAGAACUGACACCCGUCACGGAAGGGGUGCCUUCUGACUCGAUAUCCGAACGAUCGGUAGCGACGACCUACAAAUCAGAUGAUGAAGAUGCUCCUCCCAAACCGCUCAGUAAAGAUGAGAGCAAGAAACAUUCUGGAUUGUCCUUUUUCCACUUGGUUCUCGCCCUCGACAAGCCAGAUCCGCAAUUGGAUUUCGAUAUGCCGGGAGUCAUAUAUGAGCUCCUGUAUAGCGAGGUGGCGUUCAAGUGGACGGCUGCCGCCUUUGCUGAACAAGUCCGGUGCGAUUGGGUCGGCCAGGAAUGCCUCAAGCUGAGCAAGAUACGGGAACAUUGUAUUCAGCAGCUCAUCCCUCUCAAGAAAGCGCAAGCAGAAGCUUUCGCGGUUUCACCUCUCGCCAAAAACCUUCGCGAGCUUCACGAUGGCAUUCGGGCGAUGGCUCCUAUCCAACUUACCGUUGGCGAGAUUCCGAUCGAUGUGGCCAUGCCUGUCAGUCAACCGCGAGUUGCAGAGGAAUGGACGCGCUGGGACGACGACGAUGCCCCUUCCGAGGCGUCAUCGUUGGAUACCGACGUGUACCUGCCAGAAAGUGAUGAUCUAGAAUCAGAUCUUGAGGAUGGCGAGGACGAGGUAGUCGUCCGGCCUACGCUCAAGGCAGAUCCCGCGUUCGACUUCAAGCCAUGGAAGACCCUGCUUCCCUUGGAGAUGAUACAUAAUUUGCGGGAGGCACCCGCAGAUCUUGAUGAAGAAGCUCUUUUGCGGUAUCAGCAAAUCAGCGAAAAUCCAGCCGAAGUUUCAGAGUUUGUAAGCCGCUUUCUGCAAAGUCUCGAUCCGACAAUACCCCUGUAUGAUAUCGCUGCCUACCUGGAGAUGGAUCUUCACACGGAGGUCUACCCACUCGCCCGAUACCUCAUUCAUAUACGCAAGGUCAAGCUCAUUGACGUUGUGCGGAAAAGCCUCCGCAACGUCUUCAUGCCAGAAUCUACAGUUGGAAAAUCAAUACCCAUCAUCUGUGCGGAAUGGGCCAAGGAGUUUCCUACCAUGCCAUCGUGGCCCGCUUUCAUCGGGCAAAUCUCGGCUUCCCCGCAGCCGUAUCGCAAGCUCAUCCCUCAAACCGAUGGAGAGAUCAGGUUGGCCGAUCGCGAAGAAUAUACCAGGGCGCUAUACUGGUUAAUAUCCCAUGGGCUAGUCAUACAAGCUCACGACCACGUCAAGAUUGUGGCAACUAAGGAGACGAAAGAGAAAGCUCACCGGGAGCUAGAAGAAGAGCGCAAGGCUAGACACGUCUCGCGGGAACUCAGGCUGCGGAGGCGUGCAUCCUUGCCAGAGAGCCUACUUCAUCAUCGCACCAAAUCGGACGACGACCUCGCAGCAGCUCGAGGUGAUGCGUCGUCAUCCGACAGUGGGGAAAUUUCGGAAGAGGACUUUGACGAGAACGAGCUGAGGGAAGACUUUCUCAACGACGGUCAAGAAUCUUUCAUACAUCGUCCGAGCAAGCCUUCCUCGGCGGAGGAUCGAUGUCUCCGGAUCAUCAUGCGCGACAAGGAGCCAGAAUGGCAAAGAAGAUUCGCACAAUGUUUGACGUGCUUCGAUGGCAAAAUGACACUGGACGCAGUACAGUACGAGACGGGGUUGAGGCGUAAUCAUCUGCGCGAUCUCUUGACAAUAUUCAAGGAAGACCUGGUCGUCUUUCUUCAUCCGUGA